GACUUGAGACUGGGAGUUUCGACACCCAAAGUUCGUGCUGAUUUCGUUUUCAGCAAGGCUAUGGUGCACCCAUCAUGGUGCUGGAAGAAUAUUUGGUUACACAUUUGAGUCCCAGGUUAUAUAAAUAAUCAACGAAUAUGAGGGUGAAUACACCAGAGAGGGAUGAGGAAAGAAGGCAAAAUGCUAAAAGGAAACAUCACAAUGUCCCAUCAGAAACAGAGCCUAAGAGACUGAAAUUAGAUAGAGAAUUUCUCGAUGGAAAGUUAACAACCCCGCCAAUCGAAUUCUCAGAAAGUUCUGAUGACGAAGAAGAAGCAGAAGAAGAAGAGGAAGAAGACGAUGACGAAGAGGAAACAGAAGAAGAAGAGGAAGAAGACGAUGACGAAGAGGAAACAGAAGAAGAAGAAGAGGAUAAGAAAAUGAAAUCAGAAAAUUCAAAAGGAACAUUUCUUGGUGAAUUUCAGGGGAAAUUCAGAACCCCACGAAUCGAUUUCCCAGAAAAUUCUGAUGAUGACGAAGAUGAGGGGGAAAAGAAAAUGAAAUCAGAAGAUUCAAAAAGAACAAUUUUUGGUGAAUUUCAGGGGAAACUAAGAACCCCACGAAUCGAUUUCCCAGAAAGUUCUGAUGAUGAUGAAGAAGAAGAGGAGGACAAGAAAAUGAAAUCAAAAAGUUCUGAUGAUGACGAAGAAGAAGAGGACAAGAAAAUGAAAUCAGAAACUUCACAAACAAAUGAAUUUCAUCGAAUCAUUUUCCCAGAAACUUCUGAAUUGGCAAAUGCACGAUUCAAGGAUGGAAUAAAUCUGAGUACUUCAUUGGAAAAUAACACUAUUCUUGAUGACGAUGACAAUGACGAAGAAUAUGAUGAUGAUGAAGAAGAGGAGGAAGAAGAAGAAUAUGAUGACGAUGAAGAAGAUUAUGAUGACGAAGACGAAGAAGGAACAGUAACAGAUGAAGAAGACUUAUGAUUAGUUGUUAAUAAUCACUUCCAUUGGUGUUAAUCUUUAGAGAUUAGAGUCUUGUUAAUGUCUAGUUCAGUAAAAGUUUACUUCUUUUUUUAUGAAUGUAAAAGACAGAAAUAUAUAUUCAACUUUUGUUAUAACAUUGA